AUGUCGUCCCAGGUCACCGCGAUCCCGCGAGGGUUCCGGCACAUGAACCCGAUCAACAAGAACAAGUUCGCCGGAAAGUAUCCUACCCGUAUUGGUGCCAAGCCCAAGGCGUUUGUCCCAGUCCAUGAUCGCAUCAAGAACUGGAACAUUGUUCCCGGCGACUCGGUGCGCCUCAUGGUCGGCAAGAAGCGCGAGAAGUUCAUCGACGAGGAACUCGGUGCCAAGAGCGGAUACAAGGUGUACAAGGUCUCGAGUAUCGACCAGACACGAAACCGUGUCUACCUUGAGGGCCUGAACAACAAGAAGUCGAACGCCAUCCGCGAGAUUCCCGACAACCUCCACGAGCUCGACGAGAACGAGCAGAGGUCGUACACUGGUCAGAAGAACUUUGUCGCCGUCCGUCGCGCAGUUCAGUACUCGAACGUGCAGCUGUGUGUUGAGGACAACAACGGCCCCGACAGCGUGUUUGCCUCCCGUGUGGCGACUUCGAGCCCCCGUUUUAUCAAGGACUUGGGGCAGUGGAGGUGGAAGCGCUUUGCCGCCAACUUGAGCGGCGAGACUGACCUUCCCAUUGUCAAGUCGCGUGGACAGGUCCUCAUCCCAUGGCCUGUGACGGAGCGCAAGCCGACUCCCGCCGCUUCAGCCAGCGACACUCUGCCAAAGGACGUUCUCCAGGCGUCGUUGAAGCUGAGCCAGAUCGAGACGAUCCCCCACGAGGUUAUCCCCGCCACCCACCGCUCGCCCGCUCCAACGGAUCAGCGCUAUGCCGAUGAGUACAUCUUCAAGCCAACCUCGCGCGCCCACCACCAGCUGCAGACUGCCAUGCCCAUGUACCUCAGCGAGGAGCUUUCGCCUCGCUUUGCCCGCUCAAAGAAGCAGGCUACCUGGCAGGCCCGUCGUGAGCAGGAGGAGAAGAUCCGCCUCGAGGUCAGCAGGAGCAAGGUCGCCGAGUGGGAGGCCGCCGGUCGCGACUCGGCACUCAACGAGCCCAUCCCUGGUGUUUCCGCCGGCACCACCGUCAUCAACAACGACAUGGUGCGCCUCGACGGUGUUGAGAUUCGCUCGCGUACUCGCCAGGAGGUCCGCGAGGGUGUGCUUCACAACUUCAACCACGAGGUCCUGUUUGCGAAGAAGCAGGUCGCCAAGGCGUACGCCGACGGCAUGAAGUUUGAUGCCGAGGGCACAAAGUUCACGCCCCAGGAGGGCCUGACGGAGGACGAGGCAAGGUGGCUCGAGGGUCCCAAGGGCGAGAGGCUCGCGUUCAAGCGUCGCCGCAAGGACCGCAAGGAGCGCAAGAUGCUCGAGAAGCUCGAGCGUCUUACGCUUACCGACGACAAGAACCAGGUCGUCCCCGAGGAGCUUCGCCGCCAGUAG